UCUCCCAUCAAUUCUGGUGUGUACAUCUUUAGAUGUGGUACUGUCAUCCCCUCACCAAAUGUUAAGUGACUCUCUACUGGGUUCCAGGCAGUGCCAAGUGUUGGAGGCUGACUCCUGAAUACACUCCUUUACCCCGAAUCCUGAGGAGCCCAUGGUGUGGAGUCAGAGGGGAUGUAGACCGUGCCUGGUCCCUCCCUCGACUGGAGGACUCAACCCCUUUGAGCAACCCUGCCUGUGACACUUCCAUGGACCCCAGGAGAGGCCCAGAUAUUGUCAGGGAGAUGGAGAAACCAUUUCUUCACUUUGCACGGGGGCCUCCCUGCCCACUGCCCAGCAAUCCCAUGAAGCAACAGCAGGGGCUGAGGCAAGUCCACCUCGCACCCUGGGAGGAGGGCAGGGAUGGGGCAGGUCAGGUUGAGUCUUUGCAACAGGGCCAGGCUGAGCAUAAAAGGGGGUCCCUCGGGCUGGGAGGAGGCAGAUUGGGGAUCAUGGAGACCCAGAGGGCCAGCCUCUCGCUGAGACACUGGGCACUGUGGCUACUGCUCCUGGGACUAGUGCUGCCCUCGGCCAGCGCCCAGGCCCUCAGCUACAGGGAGGCCGUGCUUCGUGCUGUGGAUCAGCUCAAUGAGCAAUCCUCAGAACCUAAUAUUUACCGUCUUCUCGAGCUGGACCAGCCUCCUCAGGAUGAUGAAGACCCAGACACCCCGAAGCGGGUGAGCUUCAGGGUGAAGGAGACCGUGUGUUCCAGGACCACCCAGCGGCCCCCGGAGCAGUGUGACUUCAAGGAGAAUGGGCUGUUGAAACGGUGUGAGGGGACAGUCACCCUGGACCAGGUCAGGGGUAACUUCGACAUCACCUGUAAUAAUCACCAGAGCAUCAGGAUAACAAGGCAACCAUGGGCGCCUCCACAAGCAGCCCGAGUAUGUCGCAUCGUCGUGCUAAGGGUUUGCAGAUAAUCAGCGCUUGAAGAUUUCCAUCAUAAGGCAGAGAAGAGUCCCAAGGGUUUUCUUGCUCUGCCUCAGACUACUGGAUCUGAAAAAUAAA